AUGCCCCCAAGCAACCAGGCAGAGGAUGAAUGUCGAGAGAAGCAGGAAGGACGAGUUGCGGUCAAGGGAUUUAUGGCCUCCGAGACGCCGAGGUUUUGCACAGCAGCCCCCUCGCUCGGCCCCUCUCCCUUCCCCGGGCCCCACUCCCAGCCCUCCCCUCCCUCCCCUCUCUCCCCUCUCUCACUGCCCUCUCUCGCUAAUUCACUGCUGCCUGCCUGGGCUCUCCAAAACGAUCCAGCGGUAACUUUACGAUCAUUCACCCACCGGACAACGCAGCCUCGGCCCGAGCCUCUCCUGCCCGCCCCUACUCCCUACUUUUCCACACCCUUUCGGCUCCGUCCCUCGAAUCCCUUCCCUAAAGUUUUUCCCGUCGGCCCUGAGAGACGGGGAGAGACUCCCGGUGGGUUCCAGCUCUGA